AUGGAACCAGAAAACAAAACAAAAGUUUCAGAAUUCAUCCUGCUGGGCCUCUCAGAGGAACGUGAACAUCAGCCUCUCCUCUUUGGACUUUUCCUGUUCAUGUACCUGGUCACUGUGCUUGGGAACCUGUUCAUCAUCCUGGCCAUCAGCUCUGACCCCCACCUUCACAACCCCAUGUAUUUCUUUCUGUCCAACCUGUCCUUUGUUGAUAUCUGUUUCAUCACUACCACAGUUCCAAAGAUGUUGGUGAACAUCCAGACACAGAGAAAAGACAUUUCCUAUAUAGGAUGCCUUACUCAGGUAUAUUUCUUCAUGAUUUUUGCUGGACUGGACAAUUUUCUUCUGACAGUGAUGGCCUAUGACCGAUUUGUGGCCAUCUGUUACCCCUUGAACUACACUAUCAUCAUGAAUCCCCGGCUCUGUGGCUUGUUGGUUCUGAUGUCUUGGGUCAUUAUUUUCUGGGUAUCCCUGCUUUAUAUUCUAUUACUGAUGCAGUUGAACUUCUGUAUAGGCACUAAGAUUCCACAUUUCUUCUGUGAACUGGCUCAGAUGAUCAAAGUGGCCUGUUCUGAUACUCUUAUCAUUAACAUCACUAUGUAUGUCAUGACUGCUCUGGUGAGUGUGUUUCCCCUGACUGGGAUCUUAUUCUCUUACUCUCAGAUUGUUUCUUCCUUAAUGAGAAUGUCCUCUGCUGGGGGCAAGUAUAAGGCAUUUUCCACUUGUGGGUCUCACCUCUCUGUGGUCUCCUUGUUCUAUGGGACAGCCCUUGGGGUCUACCUUAGUUCUGCUGUGGCUCAUUCUUCCCAGAGAAGCUCUAUAGCCUCAGUGAUGUACACUGUGGUCACACCCAUGCUGAACCCCUUCAUCUACAGCUUAAGGAAUAAGGAUGUGAAGGGAGCUCUGGGUAGACUUUUCAACAGGGCAGCCUCUUGUCCAUGA